CUCUCACACGCCGCCGCUCUUUUCGUUCCUCGUUCCAUUCCCUACGCCCUUACGCCCAUCAUGUCUUCGGCGCGGCGGACUAGUCCUUGGGCCACCUCACUAUUUCGUACGCUAUGCCUCCUUGCUGCCGUCGACAGCACCUUUGCUGCUGUGGCGAUCACCCCGCCCGCCACCCCUCCAUCCGCCACUGCGAACGUCGUCUACUCGAACUUCUUGGGCAUCUCGCUCGAACUGUCGUUCAUUAACUACUACAUGGGCAACACCACCGACCAGAUCCCGGCGCCUUUCAUCUCGUACCUCUCGACUCUACAGAAACACGCCUCAGGGAAGCCCGUGCGCCUGCGUCUGGGCGGCAAUUCCAUGGACAGCUCCACCUACGUGCCGAGUCAACCAGACAUCGUUGAAUUCACGGAUCCCAACGCGAACUCGAACGACCAGCCAGUCAACUACGGACCCCAGCUAUUCGAUGUAAUGAAGGGGGUGAGCUCCCAGGUCGGCGGUGCACAGUAUCUCAUAGGUCUCAGCUUGCGAGUACCAAACAGCACUAAUAUUCCGCUGGUGGCCGGAGAUGCGUCCAAGGCGCUUGGUGACGAGCUUGAUGCAUAUUUGUUGGGCAAUGAGCCGGACUUGUACACCGGGCAUGGCCAACGGCCCUAUCUUUCGAACUACACGACGCAGGACUAUAUAGGCGAUUACUCGGUCGUCUUCAAUAGUCUGAAGGCGACGCCACAAGGCGAUGUCCUUGAUGAGGACAAAAUCGCCGGCCCCACCAUCUGUUGCGCCUGGAACCUUGCAAGCGUCCUCCAGUCCGGUUGGUUCGAUCAAUACAAGCAACAACUCAAAUACAUCACCCUUCAACACUACCCUCAGGACACAUGCUCAGGCCACCCGCACUUCGGUAUCGAGUGGUACCUCGUCCACUCUAAUACCGUAGGUCUGGCACAGUGGCAGCAGGAUGGCAUCCAGAUCGCCAAACAGGCAAAUAAGCCGGUUCUGAUGGACGAGUUCAACAGCAUAUCAUGCGGUGGCACCGACGGCAUCUCGAACGUCUUCGGUGUCUCGCUGUGGACCACAGAUUACGCCCUGCAGAUGGCCGCCGUAGGCUAUGCCGGCGCAUACCUUCACACCCGCGAGCGCGGCGUCACCUACAACCUGUUCGAUCCGCCGGCUGGCCCUGCUGGAAAUGCCGGCGCGUGGACUACAAACGCACCCUACUACGGCAUGCUGCCCGUCUACGAGGCCCUUGAGUCGUCUAGCGGCAGUCGCGUCGUGGACCUGAACGUCAAGAACGGAAUGUACGACGCCACGCAGGUCCACGCCGCUUACGCCAUCUACGACGGCGCCGACAGCACCGUCCGCAGCCUCGUCGUCAUCAACUAUAAGAACGCCUCGGGCACGACGUCCGACUACGCCAUCGACCCGUCAUUCAUCCCCGCAACCAACAGCAGCAUCACCAUCCGCACCCUCGCCGCGCCCUCUGUCGCCGAGAGAACGAACAUUGCUUGGGGCGGACAGACCUGGGCAGGCGUGGGCGACGGGAACCCGGUGCCAGCGACGUUCGCAGGCAGCGUCCCGGACAAGACUAUCGCUUGCGCCGGCGGGUGCACCAUCCAGGUCCCGGGCCCUGGUCUCGCUGUCAUCUUUGUCGGUAAUAAUCCCGCGAACAGCGCGAACGCGACGAGCAACAACGGUGCCCAUAGCAGCAGUACAGGGGCGAGUUCACCGACACACACCACCAACUCGGGCACGGGUAGGACGGCGAGUGGAAUCGCGACUGUCGGCCUGUUCAGUAUUCUUGUUGCAUUCUUGAUUCAUUUACAAUGACCUCUCGCCGCUUUAUAAUGCUGUUAGGACAGAGAUUCCUGUUUCAGUUCGUUAUUACGUUCUUCUUUGGUCGGUCUGAGAGGUCCUGGACUCUUAUGUAGACACACUAGGUGUGUCGUUACUAUACCUGCAUACCCGCAGAUUAGCGGAGACUCAUCCGACUUUUGCUUCUGCUUCACUGUUACAUAGGACUGCGUGACGCAUUCCUGGGAUCAACGCUGCCUGUCAUAAUUCAUCCUCAGCAUCAUGUCUCUGCAC